CCCGUAUGUAGAAAUGACUUGUCGACAAUCGGUAAUAUUUAUAAAGGAAACGAAAAUGGAAAUUCUUUUUAACCAAGACAGAGACAUAUAAUACAAAUGUAUUAUAUGUCUCUGACCAAGAGGACUAUUUUUAAAGUUUGAAGAUCUAUUUUUAUUUAUCUAUUCAAGGACCAGUCAAUUUUAUUACUAUAGACCCUUGUCCAGUCAAUGUGAUCCUCGUCCAGUCAAUGUGACCCUCGUCCAGUCAAUGUGACUCUCGUCCAGUCAAGUUGUUAUUAUAGGUAAGUGUACAUUAUUUGUGAACUAUAUAUAUCCCUCUGAUAAAACAUUUAUAAUGGAAAAUCCCUUUAUUAUCAGAUUUAAAAAAAAAGGUUUAUACUUGAUUUAAAAUCGGCAUCCAAUGAAAUUGCUUAGGGCUUUUCCAUGGGAGUGGCAUUGACUUUCUUUCAAAUUUGAUGUGUGGUGGUUAUUUUAGACAAAGCCUUAACAAUUUUAUUAAGUAAUCAAUUAAAAUUUUAUGCAUUUCGGUGUUAAUUAAAAAGUGCAUUCCUAUACCACCCCCCUUCUUUUCCCCCUGCUAAACAACAUGGCCGACAUGGCUCAAAAUAGAAUUUAUGGGUAGAAUGCAAGUUUUGUCUAUUAUCUUGAAAACUGCUAUAGGUCGAGAAAUUCUGACAUGCAGAAAUGUUCAGAAUGUUUGUCUGGCAGGCUUUUCAGAUCUUAUUUUCAUGGUUCAUUGGUCAGAGUUAAGUUUUAGUGGUUUGGUCAGGUUCUCAGAUACUAUAAGCAAUAGAUCAGCUGUAUUUUGGUUUAUGGUAUGCUUGUAAGGUAAACAUGUUUGUCUAUCCGCAUGGUUUAUACGAACGUUAUCUUAUUUUCAUGGUUCAUUUGUCAAUGUUUAUAUUGCAUGGUUAUCAUGGUUAUAUAAAAAUAAGGAGAUGUGGUAUGAUUGUCAACAUGGUCAAUGAGAACUAUCCGCCAAAUUAAAAAAUAAGGAGAUGUGGUAUGAUUUUACAUAUUUUACAAAUCGGUGAAAAUUAUAUAAAUGCAAAGUUUUUAGUAUUUGUUAGUUAGUAUUAUCAUUGAUAUAAAAAUAAGGAGAUGUAGUAUAAUUGCAAAUGAGACAACUAUCCGCCAAAGUAUAAAGAGAGGUGGUAUGAUUGCAAAUGAGACAACUAUCCGCCAAAGUAUAAAGAGAGGUGGUAUGAUUGCCAAUGAGACAACUAUCCACCAAAGUAUAAAGAGAGGUGGUAUGAUUGCCAAUGAGAACUAUCCGCCAAAGUAUAAAGAGAGGUGGUAUGAUUGCCAAUGAGACAACUAUCCACCAAAGUAUAAAGAGAGGUGGUAUGAUUGCCAAUGAGAACUAUCCGCCAAAGUAUAAAGAGAGGUGGUAUGAUUGCCAAUGAGACAACUAUCCACCAAAGUAUAAAGAGAGGUGGUAUGAUUGCCAAUGAGACAACUAUCCACCAAAGUAUAAAGAGAGGUGGUAUGAUUGCCAAUGAGACAACUAUCCGCCAAAGUAUAAAGAGAGGUGGUAUGAUUGCCAAUGAGACAACUAUCCGCCAAAGUAUAAAGAGAGGUGGUAUGAUUGCCAAUGAGAACUAUCCGCCAAAGUAAAAAUAAAUAGAUGUGGUAUGAUUGCCAGUGAGACAACUAUUUUGCAAAGUAAAAAUAAGGUGAUGUGGUAUGAUUGCCAAUAAGAAUUAUCUGCCAAAGUAAAAAUAAAGAGAUGUGGUAUGAUUGCCAAUGAGACAACUAUCCGCCAAUGGAAAAAAAAGGAGGUGUGGUAUGAUUGCCAAUGAGACAACUAUCUUCCAAAAUAAAAAUAAGGAGAUGUGGUUUGGUUGCCAAUGAGAACUAUCCGCCAAAGUAAAAUAAGAAGAUCUGCUAUAGUAAAAAUAAGGAGAUGUGGUGUAUUUGCCAAUGAGACAACAAUCUUCCAAAGUAAAAAUAAGGAGAUGUGAUAUGAUUGCCAAUAAGAACAAUUCACCAGAGUAAAAAUGAGGAGAUGUGGUAUGUUGCCAAUGAGACAACUAUCCGCCAAAGUAAAAAUAAGGAGAUGUGGUAUACUAGUAAUUGCCAAUGAGACAACUAUCUUCCAAAGUAAAAAUAAGGAGAUGUGGUAUGAUUGCCAAUGAGAACUAUCCGCCAAAGUAAAAAUAGGAAGAUCUACUGUAGUAAAAAUAAGGAUAUGUGGUAUAAUUACCUAUGCGACAACUAUCUUCCAAAGUAAAAAUAAGGAGAUGUGGUAUGAUUGCCAAUGAGAACUAUCCGCCAAAGUAAAAAUAAGAAGAUAUACUGUAGUAAAAAUAAGGAGAUGUGGUAUAAUUACCUAUGAGACAACUAUCUUCCAAAGUAAAAAUAAGGAGAUGUGGUAUGUUGCCAAUGAGACAACUAUCCGCCAAAGUAAAAAUAAGGAGAUGUGGUAUACUAGUAAUUGCCAAUGAGACAACUAUCUUCCAAAGUAAAAAUAAGGAGAUGUGGUAUGAUUGCCAAUGAGAACUAUCCGCCAAAGUAAAAAUAGGAAGAUCUACUGUAGUAAAAAUAAGGAUAUGUGGUAUAAUUACCUAUGCGACAACUAUCUUCCAAAGUAAAAAUAAGGAGAUGUGGUAUGAUUGCCAAUGAGAACUAUCCGCCAAAGUAAAAAUAAGAAGAUAUACUGUAGUAAAAAUAAGGAGAUGUGGUAUAAUUACCUAUGAGACAACUAUCUUCCAAAGUAAAAAUAAGGAGAUGUGGUAUGAUUGCCAAUGAGAACUAUCCGCCAAAGUAUAAAGAGAGGUGGUAUGAUUGCCAAUGAGACAACUAUCCACCAAAGUAUAAAGAGAGGUGGUAUGAUUGCCAAUGAGACAACUAUCCGCCAAAGUAUAAAGAGAGGUGGUAUGAUUGCCAAUGAGACAACUAUCCGCCAAAGUAUAAAGAGAGGUGGUAUGAUUGCCAAUGAGAACUAUCCGCCAAAGUAAAAAUAAAUAGAUGUGGUAUGAUUGCCAGUGAGACAACUAUUUUGCAAAGUAAAAAUAAGGAGAUGUGGUAUGAUUGCCAAUAAGAAUUAUCUGCCAAAGUAAAAAUAAAGAGAUGUGGUAUGAUUGCCAAUGAGACAACUAUCCGCCAAUGGAAAAAAAAGGAGGUGUGGUAUGAUUGCCAAUGAGACAACUAUCUUCCAAAGUAAAAAUAAGAAGAUCUGCUAUAGGAAAAAUAAGGAGAUGUGGUGUAUUUGCCAAUGAGACAACAAUCUUCCAAAGUAAAAAUAAGGAGAUGUGAUAUGAUUGCCAAUGAGAACAAUUCACCAGAGUAAAAAUAAGGAGAUGUGGUAUGUUGCCAAUGAGACAACUAUCCGCCAAAGUAAAAUUAAGGAGAUGUGGUAUACUAGUAAUUGCCAAUGAGACAACUAUCUUCCAAAGUAAAAAUAAGGAGAUGUGGUAUGAUUGCCAAUGAGAACUAUCCGCGAAAGUAAAAAUAAGAAGAUCUACUGUAGUAAAAAUAAGGAGAUGUGGUAUAAUUACCUAUGAGACAACUAUCUUCCAAAGUAAAAAUAAGGAGAUGUGGUAUGAUUGCCAAUGAGAACUAUCCGCCAAAGUCAAAAUAAGAAGAUAUACUGUAGUAAAAAUAAGGAGAUGUGGUAUAAUUACCUAUGAGACAACUAUCUUCCAAAGUAAAAAUAAGGAGAUGUGGUAUGAUUGUCAACAUGGUCAAUGAGAACUAUCCGCCAAAUUAAAAAUAAUGAGAUGUGGUAUGAUUGCCAAUGAGAACUAUCCGCCAAAGUAAAAAUAAGAAGAUCUACCGUAGUAAAAAUAAGGAGAUGUGGUAUAAUUACCUAUGAGACAACUAUCUUCCAAAGUAAAAAUAAGGAGAUGUGGUAUGAUUGCCAAUGAGAACUAUCCGCCAAAGUAAAGAUAAAUAGAUGUGGUAUGAUUGCCAGUGAGGCAACUAUUUUGCAAAGUAAAAAUAAGGAGAUGUGGUAUGAUUGCCAAUAAGAAUUAUCUGCCAAAGUAAAAAUAAAGAGAUGUGGUAUGAUUGCCAAUGAGACAACUAUCCGCCAAAGGAAAAAAAAGGAGGAGUGGUAUGAUUGCCAAUGAGAACUAUCCGCCAGAGUAAAAAUAAGGAGAUGUGGUAUGAUUGCCAAUGAGACAACUAUCUCUUCUACGCGUUUCCAGGGAAACUCAAUUUGCGACAGUAAAACUAAGGAGAUGUGGUUUGAUUGCCAAUGAGAACUAUCCACCAAAGUAAAAAUAAGGAGAUGUGGUAUGAUAGCCAAUGAGACAACUAUCGGCCAAAGUAAAAAUAAAAGAGAUGUGUGGUAUGAUUGCCAAUGAGACAACUAUCAGCCAAAGUAAAAAUAAGGAGGUGUGGUAUGAUUGCCAAUGAGAACUAUCGGCCAAAGUAAAAAUAAGGAGAUGUGGUAUGAUUGCCAAUGAGACAACGAUCUCCGCUACGCGUUUCCAGGAAACUCAAUUUGCGACAGUAAAACUACCAAUGGACGUCUGCACAGCUUCAAAUACAAUACAGUUAUCUCUAAUCUAAUCUAUCUAAAAUAUAUAUAUAUAAAUUAGUUUUGUCAAAGUAAACAGUUUUGUCUAACCGGUUAGUCGGAUAAUCUUUCGACCGAUUAUCCUGUUAACCUGUAGUAAUGUUGAUUGAUAAAAUCUUUGUCUACAGUAAACUUAAAAUAUAAAAAUAAUAAGAUGUGGUUUGAUUGCCAAUGAGACAACUCUCCACCAGAGACCAAAUGACAUAGAAGUUAACAAAACUAUAUGUCACCGUACGGCUUAUGACAAUGAGCAAAACUCACACCGCAUAGUCAGCUAUAAAAAGCCCCGAAAUGAAAAAUGUAAAACAAUUCAAACGAAAAGACUAACAAAGGAACAGGGAGAUAACACACAAACAUUGAUAUGUUUAUAAGAAGCAGGGAGAUAACACAAACAUAGAUAUGUUUAUACAAGGGGACAACACACAAUCAUUGAUAUGUUUAUAAGAAACAGGGAGAUAACACAAACAUUGAUAUGUUUAUAAGAAACGGAGAUAAAACAAACAUUGAUAUGUUUAUACAGGGAGAUAACACAAACAUUGAUGUGUUUUAACAGGGAGAUAACACACAAACAUUGAUAUGUUUAUAAGAAACAGGGAGAUAACACACAAACAUUGAUAUGUUUAUAAGGAACAGGGAGAUAACACACAAACAUUGAUAUGUUUAUAAGGAACAGGGAGAUAACACACAAACAUUGAUAUGUUUAUAAGAAACAGGGAGAUAACACAAACAUUGAUAUGUUUAUAAGAAACAGGGAGAUAACACAAACAUUGAUAUGUUUAAAGCGGGAGAUAACCCACAAACAUUGAUAUGUUUAUACAGAGAGAUAACACACAAACAUUGAUAUGUUUAUAAGAAACAGGGAGAUAACACAAACAUUGAUAUGUUUUUACAGGGAGAUAACACAAACAUUGAUAUGUUUAUAGCGGGAGAUAGCCACAAACAUUGAUAUAUUUAUACAGAGAGAUAACACACAAACAUUGAUAUGUUUAUAAGAAACAGGGAGAUAACACAAACAUUGAUAUGUUUAUAGCGGGAGAUAACCCACAAACAUUGAUGUGUUUAUAAAAAACAGGGAGAUAACACAAACAUUGAUAUGUUUAUAAGAAACUUUCGUAACAGUUAACUAUAAAAAGAAGUACCAAUGAAGUAUUUUUAUGUGAUACAUAUAUAUUUUAUCAGGCUUAAACAAGUAAAUAUGAUUCAUAGUUAUUUUUCACAGACACUUUAGAUGACGACACAACCUUACUUAUAAAUUGGGCUGACCUCAGAGGUACAUUCAUCAGUAUUUAAUUAGUCUGGGAAAGUGCAAUAGAUGUUCUGGCGUUCGAUGGAAAGAGUCACACCCUGCUUGUAGAAUACAUUUGUACCUCAUUUAGGAUAUAAUGGAGGAUUGGAAUGAGAAACUUAUUACAGCUGCUGAGACUGGAGAUAUAGAAGCCUUAAAAUUAAGUCUACAGAAUGAUGCAAACAUUGAUUAUCAAGAUGGUAGAGGAUGGACAGCAUUAAUGUUGGCUGCCAGUAGAGGACACCUGGAGGUCUGUAGACUUCUCAUUGAUACAGGAUGUAAGAUCGACACCACAGAAGUAUGUUAUCUACUUAGUCUGAUCACAUUACUAUUAACACAAAAUCAUGUUGUUAAUCAGACAGUUUUAAUGAACAAAUAUUUGUAAUAAUUAUAUCAAGUGGGGUCUCAUUUUACUCAUAUUAUUGUUCUGAAUCAGAAAUUAUAACUCCUUUUCAUGUUUCUUUAAAAAAAUUAUUUUAUUAAAAUGAAUGAUUAUACUGAAUCAACACUAAAUCCUGAUGUUAAUUAGACAGUUUUAAUGAACAAAUAUUUGUAAGAAUCAUAUAAAGUGGGGUCUCAUUUUACUUGUUUUGUUCUACUGAAUCCAUUGAUAUAAUUAUUUUACACAUUUCUUGAAAAAAAAUUUUUUUUUAAGAUAUCAGGUUUAAUGGAAGUUUUGACAUUUCACAACAAAACAUGUUUAUUUAUUGUUUAUAUAGAAUAUAAAUACAAGUGUGACUGGUCAUUUUAUUGAGUUUUGACCACUGAUUCAUGUGAUAUAUAUUUUGUUUAUAUUAAUUACACAACAUUGUCCAGUUUAUCAGACCAGUUUUAAUGUCAGUUGUAGGAUAUGUUGCAUAUUAUUGAUAUUGAUAACAAAGUAUUGUCCAUAAUAUUUACAUGUUAUUUGGUUAUAUUAUAGAUAGAUGGAUACACAGCUUUACAUAUAGCUGCUCAGAGGGGACGUCUACAGAUCACAAGAUGUCUAGUAGAAGGAGGUGCCAGUCCCUUGGUUAAAACACCUAAGGGUGAGACUCCAUACGAUCUAGCAGCAAAACAGAAGACAGGACAGUAUAACGAAGUGAUGGAAUACUUACAGGAAAUAUCAGAUCCCAUUUUGACCAAACUCGGGCAGUUAAAUAGAAAUGACUUCCAGGAUCUUGUAGCUCUGGGAACAUUUGCUUCCUAUGAAAAUAGGGUGUAUUUGGCUGGGCCUUGUAACAUUGGAAAAUCGUCGCUUGCAAGUAUUCUUAUCGGCGAGGAAAUUCCAAAGACAUGGUUUUCAACUGAUGGACUAAUUAUUCAUUUCGGAAGAAAUGGCAUCGACUUACAACAAAGAAAGAUGAUUCCAUUGAAAAAGGGUAGUGGUGAUGUUUUAACGAAACUACUUCUUGGGAAUCCAGAAUUAAAGAAACAACCAAGUCUGCAAGGUGAAAGUAAAGAAAAAAUUCCAGGUGAUCCAAAAUCUAAUUUUACAACAAAGGAAAACCAGUUAAUUCCAUCAAAUACAAAUCUAUAUCCUUCAAACCAGGAACACAUGUCACCAAAAUCUAAUCAGAAGACAUCAAAAGGCUUCAAGGUACCACCAAUUCAUACUGCCCAUUCUAUACAAGAUGACUUAUUGGAGAAGAUUAAGAAAGGUACUAAUAUCAUGAACAUAGCACCAUCCGAUCUGGUAGAUUUUGGUGGACAAAAAUCAUUUGAUAUGACUCAUCAGUUAUUUAUCCAGCACAGGGGAACGUUCAUUCUGAUGUUUGAUGGACGUAAAGGCCUUUAUACAGAAUUGGAAGAAUAUUCACAAAGAGAUGUUACAGCAGCAUCUGUUCUGAAGCAUUGGAUUAACUCUGUAUUGACCUACUGUAACAAAACGGAAGAUAAAAUGCCGAGAAUUUUGUUUGCUGCCACCCAUAGUGAUAGCUUCUCAGAGGAUGAGAAAAGGAUACUAGCCCUUAAAUUCAAUGAAGAACUGCGGAAAUUGUUUUCCUCACACAAACUUCAAGAGCAUAUCCUAUACGACAAAGUCUUUUUCAUGAAUGCAACAGAUGCAGCAGAUCAAGAUAUUGAGCGCUUGAAGGAUACAUUAGUCGAUAUUGCCUUUCAGCAGUCAACAUGGGGACAACAGAUGCCAAUUGUUUGGGUGCCUCUUGAUUUACAGAUAUCAGAUAUGAGAGCAGAUGGAGUAAAGCUGAUAACAAAAGAAAGACUUUUAGACAUAAACAAAUCUAAUAUUGAAUUUUCUCUGAAUGAAAGAAGAGUAGACGAUUUCUUACUUGUUCAACACUCAAUAGGAAAGUUAUUAUACUUUGAUGAACCUGCUUUAAGAGAUUUCAUUGUAAUUCAGCCUACAGCAAUGGUCAAUAUCCUGAGAGCCUUCAUUACAGACAUAAUGUUUUGGCCAGAAAAAGGACCCGUUCGAGACAUACUGGAGAAUUUGUCAUCUACUGGAGUUCUAAAGAAGACAGACCUUUUUACUCUAUGGUCACAACCAGCUUUCAAAGAAAUUUUGACUGAUGUCAAAACAAAGGAAUAUAUAGUGCAGGUCCUCCUUCAUCUGGAUAUCCUUGUAGAACCUAAACGCUACACUGAAACGGAUGCAGCUGCAGACUUAUUUCUAGUACCCUGCAUAGUGAAGGCAAAGAUUCCACAAAAAAUGCACAGAAAUGCAAAAGAUGACAGAACACUAUGCAUAGCUUAUCAUCUGAAGGAGACAGUGGUUCCAUCUGCUUUGUCGUUCAAGCUUAUAGGGGCUGCAAUUAGCAUAUGGCCUCUGAAAGUAGAAAACUCUUGUUUUUGUCUUUAUUUUCAAGCUGCAAUUAUGGAUGCUGACAACAGAAAUGAACUUCAAAUUCAUGUUGAAGGGCAGAGAAUAUUUGCAUACCUCAUCAAUGACGUGUCAAAGCAGCUCAUAUCACCAGAUCUAGCAACAACAACACAGGAAUGCCUGACUUUGGCACUUGGACGAAUUCUUCAGUUUUACCGUCGUUGUUUUGGUAAACAAAGUCACCAUUUUAUGUCAGAUCUUUUUGAAAUUGAAGUUGGAGAAAUAUGCAAAGGUAAAACGUGUUUAAUACCUUUGUCAGAUGCAAAAAAGAAAGCACAAUGGAGAUGCGAGAAUGGGAAAAUGCAUGAAACAAAAUGUCCUCUAAAUUGGGUUUUUGAAAAGAAUAAGAAGCAUUGUGACUCAAAUUGUAAAGGUCCUGAAACAGAAACACUAGACUUGAAACCAGAUAAUCAUCAUUUCGUGCAACUAGCAAGAACAAUAGGUAUUGGAGACUUCUACAACUUCUUCAUUAAACUUGGAAUGGAAAAAACUGAUCUUGACAACUUAAAUUUUCGUUAUUUUUCAAAUCCUAUGGAUUUUAUGUUGAUGGGGCUCUUUGAAUGGAGGGAUAAAACAGAAAGUGACGAAAUGACUGCAACAUUUAGGAAAUUGCAGACGGCUCUGGAGGCUAUUGAAAGACAGCACUAUCUUUGUCAGGUACACAGAGAGGAUCAAACGUUAGCAAAAAUAGCUAACAUCAGCCUACAAGAUGUUCCCUCAAAUGAUGUAAUCAGUAGUUUGACAGAAAAGAAGUUGAUAGGUGAUUGCAUUGUUCACUUAGGCAUUGAAUUGGGUCUUAGCAUCAAUAGCAUUAAGGAGACAAUAGUCAACAAUCCAAGGACUUUGUAUGGUCAAAUACAUAAUCUUCUCAUAAAAUGGAAAUCUGGCAAGGUGAAGCCAACUAUCUACCGACUUAUGGUAGCUUUGAAAAAAGUUAAAGCAUCUGAAGGACUAGCUUUUGUGAUGAAAACGUAUGGUGUGGAGCAAAAGUAUAAAGAAAAUUUGGAACAAAAGCAGUUUGACCCUAGUUUAGCAGAUACCAAAUUAGACUUUAGCGAUAUUUUAGAUAAAAUGAUGACACAGUUAGUGAUAUCAGUGGAAGACAGACGUAGCAUUCAACAAAAUGAUGAUCCAGAAAAAAAACUGCUCAGUAUGAUGAUUCAAAGGGGAGAGCCUAAUAAAUCUGUGUGUAUUGAUGUUUUAAAGCAAAAUAGAGGAUAUGAAGAUCUCGCAGAAAAAUUGUCUGAUUCAUCCAGCUCAGUGUCAUCACCCACUAAAACAGAAUUACAAGAUGUUCCAGAUUAUAAAAUACGUCUACAGAAGAAUUACUUAGAAAUAAUCAACAGGUUAAAACAUGACCAGUAGAUCUACAACAACAGUGAAAGUGAUUGAACAGAAAAAUGAGAAACACAUGUUUGAAUAGAGGAAGAACAAGUUUUUAAAAAGAAAUUUGUUUAAUUCUCCAGAAACGAACCUGGCCUAAAUCAGACCUGACAGACAAGAUGGAGAGAAAAACAGAAGGAUCUGAUAAAGAUAUUUAUAUUAUCUAUCAACCUUUCAGACAUUAUUCUAGUGAAAAGUGCAAUGAAUGGAUAUACUGCAGUUUCAUUGUAUGAUAAUGAGUCCAAUAUAGAUUCUUGAGUAAUGUUAUAGUUCGAUGUUAACUUUUGUAGAUUUUUGUGUGUUUUUUUCUCUCCUUCAUAUUUGUACAUUCCUGAGUCAAUUGACUGUUCAUGGAUUCAUACAAUAGAUUGAUGCAUCAUUCUGUUGAUCCAAGCAAUCUGAUACUGUUUCGAGAGAAUGUGAUUGUUCGGUGCAUUCUAGUGUGGAUACUUGAUUUUGAUUUGUCUGUUGUGACAUGUAGAUUUAUGAAGUAUUUCAGGUAUCACUACAGUCUUAUAAUGACUUGUUAGUUAACUUGUUUUUAUUAUUCUUAAUUGUAUUUGAUGUAUACUAUUAAGUCAUUUUAAUCUUCCGUACGCUUCACUACAUUUGAUUGUUAAGUAAUCUGGAAAUAUGAGUCAUUAGUCUUAUGUAGAUCAUUAAGACACUUGAUUGUUCGAUAUAGUCACAGGUAAAUACUUGAGUGGUUGUAUUGUUCAUUGCAUUACUGAUUUGUCUUAUGUUUGAUUUUCAAGGCAUAAUACUGUUGACUCUUGAGUCAUUUAUUGUUCAUGGCAUUCCAUGAUGUCAUUUUUUGCUGUUCAGAAGUAAUGGUCUAGGAAUGAUUUGAAAUUAACUCGUUAUGUUGUUUCUGUGCAAUGAAUAUUGAACCAUACAACAAACAAACUUUUAACAUUUUGAUUUAUCGCUACUGAUUACAAAAUUUAGGCAUAGAUGGAAAAUGAGAAUUUUUACGUUUGCCUUCAGGAGUUAUGGUCCUUUUUUACAGUAAUUGCAAACUUAGGCUUUACUGUUUGAAGGAAAAUUGACUGACCGGUGAAUGAUCAGUUACGGAUGUUUGACUGAUCUAUGAAUGAUCAGUGAACGAUUACUCAUAGAAUCCGUCAGAUACGCCAAAUAAGGUAUGUGAGAGUUACUGUGACAACGGUCAACGAUCAAUCAGUAAAUUAAUUAUAUGCAUGGAUCGGACAGAUAUGUAUAUAAUUGAAAUUAUUAUGUAAAAUGAGCUCAACAGUAUUUACAUGCGAUAAACGCGGACCUCUUCAAAGACACCUUAACUCGUUAAUUUGUAAUCAACUUGGUCACAAUAACUCAUAAAAAAAUAUAUGAAUUACGUUUUACGCAUUAUAUGUAUAAUGUAUUACUUCUUUAUUGGUUCUUUUAUUUUUUGCGAAAUAAAUUACAUAAGUGCAGAAUAAUGUCAUGCUAAGAGAGUUUUUGUAUCACUAAACAGAGAUAAAAUAUUAUCAUUUGAAAUAAGUACCCUAUCUACCAAUUAUGCAUUUUAAUGUCUAGAUGAUGAAAAUAAAAAUAAUAUAACAGUAAAGAUACUGAAUAAAAGCUUUGUUUGGGUUGAUUAAGAGUGUAAUUAUUUCUUUAUUUUAAUGGAAAUCAUGAACCGCCAUUGGAAUGUAUUAAAAAAUUUUGUACAUCAGGA